AAAAAAAAAAGCCUUUCCCAACAAACUCGGGUUCCGCUGGCAGUGAGACCGGAGGAGACCCAGCGCUUCCUUCCGGGAGCGAGGCCUCCGAAUCCUCCGUCUUCCCAGAAGCCCCUGCCAGGCCUCAACGAGAUAAAAAGGCGGGAGGAGACUCCUUGGCUCUGGCUUUGGAGUGUUGGUCUUCAGGCCUGAUCUGUGCUUCUGACUGUAGCUCCAUUCCUCAGGAAAGGACGAGGCAGGACAGGAUGUCGAGGGCUCCAGGGCUCCCAAGGCCUAGGAGUGGGGUGGCCUUGUGGUCUUUACGGGUCUACACCUACAAGAAGCGGGCAGGCCAGAGGCUCAAUGUAACUCCGACUCCUAACCAAGGCCUGCCCCUGAGGACACAGGCCCGGCCAGGCCUGAAGGGGAAAGGCAAACAGCACGGUUUGCCGAAGAUAGCAGAGACUGAGCAGAGCAGGCAGGGAGCUAGCAGCUCUGCAUUGCCAAGCACUCAGUUAAGAAUUACAGGAGAGACAAGCCUGAAAGAAAAUAGCACUCAAGAAGAGACCCAGGAUGAGAAGAUGGCUCCAUUGAGUGACUCAGUGACUGAGGACCUCCAGGUUGAUAGUAGUUCAUCUAAUAGUGAACUAAUAUCAGGACUAAGUUUGCCAUGUGAUGUUUCCAGUUCUCUCCUGAGCUGUUCAACCACAGAGUCUUAUACAGAACACAAGAGUAUUGAAGAGGAAUUAGAUAGUUUCUCAUCACCUGAACUGUUCAGAGGAUCAGAUUAUUUUGAUUGGGAGUAUCCCAAGAUGAAAGAACAAAAGCAAUGUAAGAACUCUACUCUUCUGGAUAACAGUAAAGCAGUAACAAUAGAGAAGGUGCCGCAGUUUUCAGACUUCUCUGCAAUUCUGAACACCUCUUUAGAAAACUAUCAAAAAUGCCACAGAAAAAAAUUUGGACAGUGGCCUCAUGGAGGAAAACAAAAUAAAUGACAAGUAUCCCCACCCCUCCCGCUUCUGUGCAGAAUUUGUGAAAGAUAAGGUCAAAACCCAGUUGUCAAAACCUAGUUCUGCCAGCAUUAGCCUAUCAUCUCUCUCCAAGCUAUUUCAGAAGAGGCUAAGAGUAUAUGGAGUAUAUAUGAAAAGACCUCAAGAAUGCCUGUUUCUUUAAUACUAGUUAUUUGUGUCAUGUACAAGGAGUGUGGAGAUUUUUUUCCUCAUCUCAACACAAGUAAGAAGCUACAAGAGGACCAUUUAGAACAGUCAACCUAUAUCCCUUGGAAUUUAGUUGUUGACUCACACCUGAAAAAUCUAAAGGCAAGAGUUAGAUUCUUUGAAAUGGAAGAAUAGGAAGUUAGAGGUACUUUCAGAGUUUGUCACAACAAAGAUUUGUGCACAAUACCUAUAGGUCAGGCAUGAAUUCUAAAGAAGGGGGCCAA